AUGGCUAGUACACCUCGCAUUGUCUUUCUGGUCGCCGUUAUUAUUCCCUUACUCCUCCUUCUCUCCUCUCUUCCUUCCGCCGAGCCUGCUCGGGAAAGGACCGGGGGAAGAGGCGGAGGGAGGGGCGCGGGGAGAACCGGCUUGCGUCCCGAUCCGCGCUCGCGGAGGGGGGAAUCGCGAGUUUCCGCGUCACGAUCCAUCUCCCCCGCCGCUUCCCGCCGUUCCGCCUCCGCCUAUUCCGCCACGCUCUCCGCCUCCGCCUCUUCCGCUUCCGCCUCCGCCGCAGCGUCCGCGGAGAAACCCGCGGGCUGCAGCUGCUACACCGUCCGCAACUCGUUCUGCUGCUGGCAGUCGCUCUGCGUCUGCCACAACGUGUGCUACAACGGAUCCGCUCUUGUCGGGGAUUUCGGGUCGCAGCCCUGCAUCCGCGCGCCGCUCCCGGAGGCGGCGGAGAACGGCGCUGGAAACGAGACUGCCCGCGAAAAGCGGCGGCGGCAGCGGCUGCUGCAGGAGGAAAACCCUCUCGUGCCGGUGACGUGUCGCCGAUUGGAUAAAUUCCGCCGGAUUUUACGGAUCACCUUAAAGGAGGCGCCGAUAGACGGGAUUGGACAGCGCGACAAGGGGUGGCGCAAGGGGAGAGAGCGCAUAGAGUGGCGGAAAGGCAUGACGUACCUCCAGCCUCUUGACGCGGAUUGCCUCAACAUUGCCUCAUUCUUCGGCAAAGUGGGUCAGCUUCUUCUAAUCAACAACGCUUCUAAGCCAGCCUUACCCCACCCAGUGGAUCGCUUCAUGUUCCCACGCGCCCCCCAGCUGCUGCAAGCCGUGCAAGCAGCGGGCAAGGACAGCUGGCACGUGGUGGUGUUGCGGCAGCUGCUGGGGCUGGCAGUGGCACCGAUGCUGGGAGAAACGGCUCUGAAAAAGGCCAGCAUGGCCGCAAGAAGGUUUCUAGGCACAGAGUCUCUUGCCGGAGGGCUGGUUGAAUUCGAGCCAGCAUUUGAAGCAGCCUCGGAAACCCGGCCUCUGUGCUUCGCAAAGGUGGUCAUCCCGGGGAAACUUAAAGCCAUAACCUACCCAGGUGGCCCUUCAGAAGCCGAGAUGUUUAAAGCCCACCUUGGGUCGUCCCUCGGGCUGCCCAAUCCGCCAUUGCCACUUGGCGACAGCCCCAGUGCCCGCGCCAAGCCACGCGUGCAGCUACUAUUCAUUCGGAGGAACAGGACGAACGUGGGCGGGCGGAGAAUUCUUGAUGAUGAGAGUGACGGAGCACUGUACGAUCUCUUUUAUGACAUGGGCUUUAAGAUUCGCCGGGCGGAUUUCACGCGCCUGUCCUUCCGCCAGCAGUACGAAGCGGUUCUCAACGCAGAGGUCAUCGUGGGGGUGCAUGGAGCCGGCCUCACAAGCGCCGCCGCUUUUGCUCGAAACCGCUCCGUCGUUUUGGAGAUAAUGCCGCAUAACACAUUCAACCCGCGGUAUUAUUUCAUGGCGGUCCAGGCUGGCGUGAGUUAUUUUCUGCACCAGCUGCGGCCAGGUGCCAAGCAGCCAUUGGACGAGGAGUUUGAGACGCUGACGGUGCGGAAGUGCUCCAGUGUUCCCGAUUGUCGUAAAUAUUUUUACGAGGAUCGGCUGGUGAAUGUGACUAAGGAGGAUUUGGAGGAUUUGAAGGUGCUUUUGGGGGAGGCCCGGACGUUUGUGCGUCAGGCUCGGUGGAAUCUGAAUUGGGCAGGAAAGCGGCUGAGGACACGGUACGAGACACUGUGCUCUGCGGGGAAGGCGAGGGAUAUUGGAUGCCGCAUGGAUUUGAUUCGUUCGCCAGUGGCCGAUGUGAAGACGGAAUGUGUGAUGAAGAUGGACUGCUUGACCGUUAAGCCUAUGUUGGCGGACGACCUGGACGACAUCAUGUAG